ACGGUAGCGGACAGCACAAUGUCAAGAUACGAUGCCCGGAUAAUGCCCAAUUUCACGCCGACAGUGGACGCGGAGGUAGAGGCGCUUCUGAGACACAUGAAUUGCCUCAGCGAGCGGGUCCAGGUAGCUGAGGUAGAGUUGGCCGUAGCUUGCGCAAGCAGCUGCGAGAGAUGUGAAAGCUCCGGGAUGCCGCGUGCGCACAAGAUUAAUCAACAAUGGUCACUUAUUUCGGUAGUGGCUGAUGGUACAAGCCUUGACAAAGUGAGCCAAGAUAGCUUGUCGAGCAAAGUAAUGUCAAAGAUUGACGAUGUUGUACUCAAGUUAGACAAAGCACAAAGCAAGCCUGUGGAACAGCAGCAAGGGACGCAAUCUGUGGUACAAAUUCAAACAAUUGUUAGAGGUUGGCUGUGCCGAAAUCAUGAUAUGCUCUGCGCCGCAGUGUUGCAGCAGCUGCGUGAUUGGGUUAUAGGAGGUAUCCACAAAGUCAUGCGCUUGGACGUACUUCGGCAGAUGAAAAUGGAUGAAGUUUCUCGUGAUUGCACUACUGAGCGUAAUGUAAAACUUGUUCAGGGUUGCUUCAAGGCAUGGCAUUCUGGGACCCUUUCAAAACGAGAGCAGGUCAACUACAUUAGCUCUGCCAUUAUUACUGCAAUCGCAAAACGCGAAGCGCGAAUGUUGCGAACUGUUCUCAGAGCUUGGUAUUGCGACUGCAAAGGGCCUCGUUCAAAGCGAAGCUGCCAACACCGCCGUACUGAAAUGCUCCGUGCCGCUCGUCACCGCAUCAAAACCCGAGAAAAAAACAUUUUGGCAAGGAACCUAGUAGGGUGCCUUAUUAUUACAAACAACAUGAUUGCAUCUGAGCUGAGCCGGACCAUCCACCACGCUGCGAAAAAAAGACAAGUUUGGUGGCGAUUGCACCAUCACUUUCGGGCAUUGAAGCAAUUGCUAAAAGUCAAAGCCUCCAUGCGUCGACUGGCCAGCACGCAUCAUCGAAGAGUGAUGUAUUCCCACUUUUUCUACCCGUGGACAGAACAUCUGCAUGCAUCAUCAAAUGCCACACUUGAUCGCGCUCGUUGGCCCAAGCCAAGAUGCUAUCAGCCGCGAUACUCACAAAAACUUGUCAAACAGUUUGCUCAGGUUUUCAUUCGCAAACAUAUUGUUGGGCCCUGUUGGAAACACUGGUAUGCGUACUAUAGGGCACGGACAUCCCAGCACGCACUACAAGCAUGUGCUGCUCAACGUAGCCUUCUUGCCCACUGGUCACACUGGCGUAGGGCAGCUGCUCAUCGGCGCAAGCUAAGAUCACUCAGUGUGAGUAUAUGGCAGGAAACAAGUCACCAGCUUCUCAGUAGGCCCCUCCGAGCUUGGUAUACGCACAGCCGCAAAGUACGCUCCCGUCGGAGAGCUCAGAAUCGCCUCGUGACAGCACAUGUAUGCGCACGAAAUCGCCGACUUAGGCUCAGGUUUAUGCGUGGAUGGCAUCACCAGGCCGUCUAUGGUCGUGUCGAAGGAUUGUAUACGCGAGCCGAGCUUGUGCGGUCCUUAGCCGAGUUACAAGCCCACGCACGAAGGCUCGAGACACGUGGCGAGUUUUAUGGUGUUACUUGCGAAGAAGCUUUUAAGCAGCUGGAGGAUGAGCGUGAUUGGGCUAGUCGCGCAGCGACUCGUUUAAACGACCGCGAGAUCCAUGCUAGACGGUUGACCCUAGCCAUGCAUCAUGCCCAGGCUGAAAUUGAUCGUAUUGGUUCCGCAAUAAAAUGUACUGCUAAGCUUCACCCAGCUGCAGUGCGCAGAGCAAUAGUAGACGCUGCAUGUCUGCAAACAACCGACGAUGCCGGGGCUAUUAAGACUAAAGCAACGGACCGAUUGCCUGAACUUCCAUUUAAACCGGAAUUUGGGCUGGCUCGCGAAGCAGGACUUUUUGCCAGCGACGCUGUUGGCACAAAGAAGAAAGUUGAUAAUAUUAAACAAGCAGGCAGUCAAAUCAUCAAGGAGCAAGAUUUUGUUGAUGUGGAUCUAGAAUACCUUAUGCUUAGACUGCGCUUUGUUCUUGCCCAAGCCUCUACUGACUUUCGCAGCUUUAAACAUUUUGGGGGUAAACUUCUCUAUGUCCCUAAUAAAUGUAGAUACCCAUCAUCUCGAGACGAUGAGGCUUAUAAAGCUGUUCUAGAAAUAGCCAGAGACAUCGAGGCGGGUUGGCAUUUGUGGAAUUUUCUGAUACACGGCGAUGUGUCGACACUCAGCAACAAACAUGCUGUUGCUUGGAAGGUAUUGGAGGGAACCAUCGUUGACAUUGAUGCUAGAUGGACUUCACUGAAAGGCACCACCAUGAAUGGGCACGAGCGACUUCCAAUCUGGAGCGAAUUUUGCCAUGCUCUUUUGUUACUGCCUUUCGAGUCACAGCUAAUACCCACAUGA